AUGGCCGGCGUCACUACCACAAACGGGGCCUCAAGGCCCAGCACCCCUGCAUUCAGCAGCUUGUCCUUGACUGAGUAUACCGCAAAUCCCACCCCCCCUUCCGAAAAAUGCGUCCACCAGCCAGACUGGGAUAUCCCUGACAGCCUUCUACUGCCCAAUGGCUAUCCAGAUUACUUACGACUCAUCCUGACCUCCCGAGUCUACGAUGUUAUCAAAGAAUCACCCCUCACCCAUGCGGUGAACAUUAGUAACCGCCUAGAGUGCAGAGUUUCAUUAAAAAGAGAAGAUCUGCUGCCGGUCUUUAGCUUCAAGCUCCGCGGCGCAUAUAACAAGAUGGCCCAUUUAAGCGAUGAACGGCGAUGGAAGGGAGUUAUUGCAUGCUCAGCAGGGAACCACGCUCAAGGUGUUGCGUUCUCCGCCAGGCAUCUGAAAAUCCCAGCAACAAUCGUGAUGCCAUCUUGCACCCCAGCUAUAAAGCACAAGAACGUCUCAAGAUUGGGGGGAAAUGUGGUGCUCCACGGAUCAGAUUUCGAUGCGGCAAAGGAGGAAGCUCACAGGUUGGCUAAACUCCAUGGCCUUACGAAUAUCCCGCCCUUUGACGACCCAUAUGUGAUUGCUGGACAGGGAACCUGCGGCAUGGAACUUUUACGCCAAGCAAACGUGCAGAACCUAGAAGCAGUGUUUUGCUGCGUCGGUGGAGGUGGCCUCAUCGCCGGUGUUGGAGUUUAUAUCAAGCGCAUUGCACCUCACGUCAAAGUAGUUGGCGUCGAAACAUGUGAUGCAAAUGCCAUGGCACAGUCGUUGGAAACAGGCAAACGAGUCACCUUGAAAGAUGUUGGUUUAUUCGCCGAUGGCGCUGCGGUCAAAAUCGUUGGUGAGGAGACGUUCCGUCUUUGCCGAGAGGUUGUAGACGAAGUGAUUCAGGUUACAACCGAUGAAACAUGCGCCGCAAUCAAGGAUAUUUUUGAGGACACCCGGUCGGUCGUGGAACCAGCCGGUGCCCUUGCUCUUGCCGGGCUUAAGAAAUACGUCGCUAAAUACCCGUCAUCGAACCCUAAUCGUGAACUGAUCGCUGUUGCGUCCGGAGCCAAUAUGAACUUUGACAGGCUGCGGUUCGUGGCAGAGAGAGCUGCACUAGGCGAGAAAAAGGAGGCCUUACUGAGCGUCACUAUUCCAGAACAGCCGGGCUCGUUCGCGAAAUUGGUUGAGAUUAUUAUGCCGCAUGACAUUACAGAAUUUAGCUAUCGCUGUGCCACAACAAGCUCUGCAGACAUCUUAAUGGGCAUAUCCCUUUCUGCGUCCACGGGGAUGGCUGAUCUCGCCGAUCUGAAGUUACAGAUCGAAAGGGACGGAAUGAGCGUAACUGAGGUAACCGAUGAUGAACUGGCCAAAACACACAUUAGAUAUUUGGUUGGCGGAAGAAGUAACGUCUCAGAUGAACGCGUUUUCAUGUUUGAAUUCCCAGAACGACCAGGAGCGUUGGCCAGGUUUCUUACAACACUUCGCCCGCAUCAGAACAUCACUCUAUUUCACUACCGCAACUAUGGCGGGGAUGUUGCAAAUAUCCUUGCCGCUGUCCAGUGCCCACCGGACGAGGCACAGGAGGUUGAAUCAUUUCUUCGAGACCUGGGCUACCCCUUUAAAGAUUGCACCGGUUCGCCAGUAUAUCAAAGGUUUCUGAGAAACCAUUGAUAUCAUACUUAUCGCAAAAUAUGACCCAUUGGCUUUAUCUUAAUUGUGUUGCAACAUCUGAUAUGACAGGGAUGAUUUUGGCAAAUUCCAACUUGAUUUUCUCGGUAUGGCGUUGGCUGGAGGCAUGUCGUACUUUGAUAUGCCAGCGGAAAAAUAGAAGCGGACUAACCAAACGAUGCGGUCUCCUCUCCUUCUUUCAACCGAGAUCACCAAUAGCAUGGAUAGUCGGAGUUACCGGUAAUUCAGAGCAGCAUUUUCAUUUAACUCCAACUUUGUUCAGGGACCUCGU